GCACCCCGACAAGAACAUGGCGGCGCUCGUGGCCCUCGCAACGGGCGGCCUUGGGGCCGUGAUCGGCUUCCUCGCCAUGUACCUGCCUCAGGCGCUCUUCCCGCUCGCGGUGGCCUUCGGCCUUCCCGUCGUCAUGUACGCCAUCAUCUCGCUGCUGGAGCUGAUCAUUCUCGGCGCCAAGCGCGACCAGACGCAGAACCAACAGCAGCGGCGACAAGCGCCGCGCGGCGUCAUGCAGAUGAGCCGCGCGCUGUACGAGCAGCUGGACGGCGAGAUGCUGCAGCUGCUGCUGAGCAACCGCGACUUUGACAGCAACGACUACGAGCGCCUCAUGCGCCUCGAGACGCUCAACGAGCGCAGGCACGAAGGCGCCACGCCGCAGCAGAUCCAGCAGCUGCCUGUUGUCGCGGUGACCGAGGGCAUGUUGCAGGCCUCGGAGAACGCGAGCUGCACGGUAUGUCUGAGCACCUUCGAGCUGGGCGGCUGCGUGCGGAUGAUGCCGUGCUUCCACCGGUUCCACCCGGAGUGCAUCGACCCGUGGCUGCAGGAGAAGGCGUUGUGUCCAAUCUGCAAGUUCCCCGCCAUCGCCUGAGCUGCUGGCAACAGCAGCAUGUACAUACCCUGA